GGCGCGCGCAGCAUCAGCUGCCCGGUAGAGGAGCGCGAGCGCAAGUCUCACACAGCGGGGAGCACGUACUGAACGGGUUCGCGCGCCGCCUUUGUGUCGUCCCCCCUCACCCCUGCAGCCGCUCGCUAAGCCGCGGAGCACUUUGCCGUCGCGAGCUCGCGCGGGCUCCCUCCGCGUGCACUCAUUGUGUGACUGAAUCAGACACUCCACGGGUCCCUUUUUCCUCAAACAGGUAGAAGAGCAAUGAGGAAGAAUUGUGAAUGACAAAUCAGUGAGGUCACCACGCUGGGUCUUUACAACAACAGUCAUUAACAACGUUCGGAGGCCUCCAGGCAAACUGCGAUGGCAGGCUCUCUCUGGAAACGUUCUCCCUUCCUCUGGUUGAUGUUCACCCUGGCCCUUGUACAGUGCUCAAAAGGGUUUAGCCGCGCAGCCUUGCCAUUCGGUCUGGUGAGGAGAGAGCUGUCCUGCGAGGGUUACCCCAUUGACCUGCGCUGCCCUGGAAGUGACGUCAUCAUGAUUGAGACGGCCAACUACGGCAGGACGGACGACAAGAUCUGUGAUGCCGAUCCCUUCCAGAUGGAAAACAUUAACUGCUACCUCCCAGAUGCCUACAAAAUUAUAUCACAAAGGUGCAACAAUCGAACACAGUGUGUUGUAAUUACUGGAUCAGACGUCUUCCCUGAUCCCUGUCCUGGGACUUACAAAUACUUAGAGGUCCAGUAUGAGUGUGUUCCCUACAUUUUUCUUUGCCCAGGAACGCUGAAAGCCAUAGGAGACCCGUCCUUUCUUUUUGAGACGGAACAGCAAGCAGGGGCCUGGUGUAAGGACCCCCUGCAAGCAGGCGACAAAGUCUACUUCAUGCCGUGGACCCCGUACCGCACCGACACUUUGCUUGAAUACGCCUCACUGGAGGACUUUCAGAACUCCCGCCAGACCACUACAUACAAGCUCCCCCACCGGGUGGACGGCACCGGCUUUGUGGUAUAUGACGGCGCCGUCUUUUUCAACAAAGAGCGGACACGCAACAUCGUCAAGUUCGACCUGAGGACUAGGAUAAAGAGCGGGGAGGCCAUCAUCAACAACGCCAACUACCACGAUACCUCGCCCUACAAGUGGGGCGGCAAGACAGACAUCGAUCUGUCCGUAGACGAGAACGGUCUGUGGGUGAUCUAUGCCACCGAACAGAACAACGGUAUGAUUGUUCUCAGCCAGCUGAAUCCAUACACCCUUCGGUUCGACGCCACCUGGGAGACGAGCUACGACAAGCGCUCGGCCUCCAACGCCUUCAUGGUCUGCGGCAUCCUCUUUGUGGUGAGGUCCACGUACGAAGACAACGACAGCGAAGUGAGCAAAAGCCUGAUCGAUUACACGUACAACACCAAGAAGAACCAGGGGGAGUUUGUGGAUAUUCCCUUUCCCAACCAGUAUCAGUACAUUGCUGCUGUGGAUUACAACCCCCGAGAUAACCAGCUGUACGUGUGGAAUAAUUUUUUUAUGCUGAGGUAUAAUCUGGAGUUCGGACCACCUGACCCCGCACAAGCUCCGACCAUCCCGGGGGCAUCCAUCACGCCCGAGCCUCCGAAAACAACGACCACCAUGGCCACGACGACGAAUCAGAGGGCUUCAGGGAACAACUCCAGCACGGUGAACCCAGUUGAGGGCAACAGGGGCCCCAAACCACCCCCAGAGGUUCCCGAAACGACCGCACCCCCGUCCCCAGACUCCUUCCCGUUACCGGAGCGAUUCUGCGAGAGCACGGUGAAGAGGGGCAUAUCGUGGCCUCAGACCCAGAGAGGAAUCCUGCUGGAGCGACCGUGUCCCAAGGGAACCAGAGGCACUGCCUCUUACCUUUGUGUGCUUUCGACGGGGACCUGGAACCCGAAGGGGCCCGACCUCAGCAACUGUACGUCCCACUGGGUGAAUCAGGUCGCCCAGAAGAUCAGGAGUGGAGAAAAUGCCGCUAACCUGGCAAAUGAGCUGGCAAAGCACACCAAAGGGCCCAUCUUCGCCGGAGAUGUGAGUUCAUCAGUGAGACUGAUGGAGCAGCUGGUCGACAUCUUGGACGCUCAGCUGCAGGAGCUGAGGCCCAGCGAGAAGGACUCGGCAGGGCGGAGCUUUAACAAGCUUCAAAAACGAGAAAGGACAUGCAGGGCGUACAUGAAGGCUAUCGUGGACACGGUCGACAACCUGCUCCGACCCGAGGCCUUGAAGUCCUGGGAGGACAUGAACGCCACGGAACAGACUCACGCCGCAACCAUGUUGCUGGACACCUUGGAGGAGGGGGCCUUUGUCCUAGCUGACAACCUGAUGGAGCCAGCCAUUGUCAAAGUGCCUGCGGAGAAUAUAGUCCUGGAUGUGUACGUCUUAAGUACUGAUGGCCAGGUCCAGGAUUUCAGAUUUCCCCAGUCCAGUAAGAGUGGUGUCUCCAUCCAGCUUUCUGCCAAAACUGUCAAAUACAACAGUAAAAAUGGAAUUGCCAAACUGGUGUUUGUCCUUUACAAGCGCCUAGGACAGUUUCUAAGCACAGAAAAUGCCACCAUUAAAUUUGGCAACGACGUUAACGGGCGGAACCAUUCGGUUGCUGUGAACUCCGACAUUAUUGCAGCCUCUAUCAACAAAGAGUCGAGUCGCGUGUUUGUCAGCAACCCGGUGAUUUUCACUCUGGAGCACAUCGACACGGAAAAUUAUUUCAAUUCGAACUGCUCCUUCUGGAACUACUCGGAGAGGAGCAUGAUGGGCUACUGGUCUACCCAAGGCUGCAAGCUCUUAGCUGCCAAUAAGACCCACACCACCUGCUCCUGCAGCCAUCUCACCAACUUUGCCAUUCUCAUGGCUCACCGCGAAGUCAUCGACAGAGAUGGAAUGCACGAGCUGCUCCUCACCAUCAUCACCCGGGUGGGAAUCGCCGUAUCCCUGCUCUGCCUGGCCAUCAGCACCAUCACGUUCUGCUUCUUCCGGGGCCUACAGAGUGACCGCAAUACCAUCCACAAGAACCUCUGCAUCAACCUCUUUAUUGCCGAGUUAAUUUUCUUAAUAGGGAUCGACAUGACGGAACUGAAGAUCGGCUGUUCAAUCAUUGCUGGGAUUUUGCAUUUCUUCUUCUUGGCUGCAUUUGCCUGGAUGUGUCUUGAAGGUGUCCAGCUUUAUCUCAUGCUGGUGGAAGUUUUUGAAAGUGAAUAUUCUCGAAAAAAGUACUACUAUAUUUCGGGCUACCUUGUACCCGCCAUAGUAGUAGGGAUCUCAGCGGCCGUUGACUACAGGAGUUACGGAACUAAAAAGGCUUGUUGGCUGAGAGCAGAUAAUCACUUCAUCUGGAGCUUCAUUGGACCGGUCACAUUCAUCAUCAUGCUAAAUCUCAUCUUCCUGGUGAUUACCAUGUAUAAAAUGGUGAAGCACUCUUCCUCACUGAAACCAGACUCCAGCAGGUUAGAGAACAUCAAAUCUUGGGUCCUUGGCGCUUUUGCAUUGCUUUGCCUGCUGGGAUUGACUUGGUCGUUCGGGUUAUUCUUCAUGAAUGAGUCUUCCAUAGUGAUGGCUUAUCUCUUCACUAUUUUCAACACCUUGCAAGGCAUGUUCAUCUUUAUCUUCCACUGCCUCUUGCAGAAAAAGGUCCGUAAAGAGUACAGUAAAUGCCUGCGUCAGUCUUACUGCUGCGGAGGACUGCCAGCUGAGAGCUCCCACAGCUCGGCAAAGACGUCGACCUCGAGAACAAGCACCCGCUACUCCUCUGCCACGCAGAGCCGCAUCAGAAGAAUGUGGAACGACACAGUCAGAAAGCAGUCAGAGUCCUCAUUCAUGUCAACUGACAUCAACAGCAGCUCCACUCUUAACCAAGGGAUGACUGGCAAUUACCUACUAACAAACCCUCUUCUUCGGCCACACGGCACUAACAACCCCUAUAACACCCUGCUCGCCGAAACAAUCGUCUGUAGCACUCCAGCCGCUCCGGGGUUUGCCUCCUCAGGACAUUCACUGAACAAUACCAGGGAUACGAGCACGAUGGACACACUGCCCCUAAAUGGUAACUUUAACAACAGCUAUUCCCUUCGCAAUGGUGACUAUAGCGACAAUGUGCAGGGGAUUGACUGUGGACUCAGCUUGGAUGAUGCUGCCUUUGAGAAGAUGAUCAUCUCCAAGCUGGUGCACAACAAUCUCAGGGCUUGCGGCAAGAACCAAAAUGCGGAGGCCCCGCCAGCCAAACUAGUUCUGGGCGGGGCCGGUGAUGAUGACGCCAUUCUGGAUGACGGCGCGUCGCUGGUGCACGGGGACAACAUUGGCCUGGAGCUCUUGCACAAGGAGCUGGAGGCCCCUCUCCUCCCGCAGCGGACUCACUCCCUCCUGUACCACCCGCAGAAGGCGGUCAAGACAGAGAGUGCCGAGAGCUACGUGGCGCAGCUCGCUGCCAAGGCAGAGGACGGCCUGCACUCCCCCAACAGGGACUCCCUGUACACCAGCAUGCCGAACCUCACGGACUCUCCCUGCCCUGAGAGCGGCCCUAGCGUUGAGGAGGACCUCUCGCCGUCCAAGGAGGGUGAGAAUGAGGAUGCUUAUUACAAAAGCAUGCCAAACAUCGGGGAUGGACUACAGCCUCAGGUUUACUACCACAUUAGUAGCGGCAGUAGCAACGGAUACAUCAUUCCCAUCAAUAGCGAGAACUGCAUCCCUGAAGGAGAUGUUAGGGAAGGACAAAUGCAGUUGGUUACAAGUCUUUAAACACAUUUAAUGGAAUGUCAUCUCAACCAACGAUGCCCUGGAAGACAUGCCGUAAAUGGCGUCGGGCAAAGCUUUGCGUUUCUUAAAAUGACUCCGUUACACAUGCCGAAUACAAACAUUUUCCCCCUGAAAGACUAGCGAGUGACAUAUUUAAACGUGCUGAGAACUAGACGAAGAGAAAUGCUGGCCCAGAACUCUUAGGGCAGUCCUGCUGGGCAGAGGUUGUACAUACAUCUGCAUCAUCCUUGUGAAAGGCAGUUUUGUAUUAAAUACAAAGGCGAGCUUCAGGACCAGGAUUGGACCUACAGCAAUGGGUUUGUUCCAAUAUUCUGGAGAACUUUAGACAUCAGGAAUUCUGAUCCCAGAGCAUAGUCAUUCCCAUGACAAUGAAGAUUUGAGAAUAUAACCACUAGCAAUCAAGCCGCAGGCCUUAUAUUUUCUCAGUUGUACAAUGAAAUGUUGUCAAGAGUAAUGGCUGACAAAAAAAUAUAUAUUUUGUUGUAUUGCUAGUGUAAAAUGAACUUGGUGACAACCGUAAAUGUAAUUUUAAUUGAAAUUUUAACAAUUUGAAGAAACUAUUGUGUAAAGGUUGCACAUGUUAUAGAACGUGUUUAUUCUUCUUACACUUCAUUAACUGUAGUAAAAUAUAUAUAAAAACAGCAAAGAGGUCAAGGUCAUCUAUUACUCAUUUUCCCACUUGUGAACAGUGUUUACGCUCACAUAAAUUAUGAAUUUUGUCCAUAAAAACCGAUAAAGUUUGUAUGUCAUAUUGCCAAAAAAUGUAUAUAUAUAUACAUAUAUAUAUAAUGAUUUAAAGGAAAUGAUCGCCCCCUUUUCAUCCACUAAAUCGAGCCUUGCAAGCUAUAGAGCUGGAUGGUAAUGUAGCUUAUUUUGCCAGAAUUACUUGAUAGAAAUAUUAAAUUAAGGCACUUAAAGCUAACUUUUUGACAUCAACUUGAUUUUCAUCCAGUUGUUUGCAUUUGGCAAUUAUUUAUAGAUUUUAAAGGUUGAAAAGGGGGGUCGGAUUUAUUUCUGCACUGUUAUGUUUACUUCAUUCUUUUGUAUAAUUAAAG